AUUUUGCGGGUCUUUUAUCCAUAACCUCUCCCUACCUCCACGUGUCCUCCUCCAACCCAGCUUCUUCGGCCAUUCCGCUAUCCGAGCUCCAUCCUUCAAACUCAGCUCCGAAACGGUCUCUGCUUCAGUCUUCUUCUCCAUCUUCAACCUCGGCCAAUUCAACAUCAGUCGUAGCUAAGCUCAUGCGAACCACAACGGCACUCCAAAUUUCCUGAAAUGACCCUCUCCUCUCUCUUAGUUUCCAUUCCCAACCCUCCCAAUCUCUUUCCCACAGUGCUCAGACCAAAUCCCAACCAGUUCGCUUUUCCCGCCAACAAGUUCGAAUUUCCAGGCGACUGGAGGAUCGGAAACUACACCGGCUGGAGGCUCAGGGCCAAGCCGAAGGAGCUCGUCCUCGGCAACCCGACGGUGACCGUCGAGAAGGGGAAGUAUAGUUACGACGUCGAAACCCUAAUCAACAAGCUCUCGAGCUUGCCGCCGAGGGGAAGCAUCGCGCGAUGCCUCGACGCGUUCAAGAACAAGCUCAGUCUCAAUGAUUUCGCCCAGGUGUUCAAGGAGUUCGCCGCUCGUGGCGACUGGCAAAGGUCGCUCCGCCUCUUCAAGUACAUGCAGCGCCAGAUCUGGUGCAAGCCAAACGAGCACAUCUACACCAUCAUGAUCGGCUUGCUCGGCCGCGAGGGCUUGCUGGAGAAAUGCACUGAGAUAUUCGACGAAAUGCCGAGCCAUGGCGUGGCGCGGAGUGUCUUCUCGUUCACCUCCAUAAUCAACGCGUACGGCCGGAACGGCCAGUAUGAGACUUCCCUGGAGCUUCUGGAGAAGAUGAAGAAAGAUAGAGUUCCGCCGAGCAUUUUGACUUACAAUACGGUGAUCAACGCGUGUGCAAGGGGUGGCUAUGAUUGGGAAGGGUUGCUGAGUUUGUUCGCUGAAAUGCGGCAUGAAGGUAUACAACCCGAUCUUGUGACUUAUAAUACACUGCUUAGUGCUUGUGCAAAUAGGGGUUUAGGUGAUGAGGCGGAGAUGGUUUUUAGGACUAUGAAUGAGGGUGGUGUUCUGCCGGAUAUUACUACUUAUGGUUACUUGGUCGAGACGUUUGGGCAAUUAGGUAAGCUAGAGAAGGUUUCUGAGCUUCUAAGGGACAUGGAGUUAGGAGGGAAUUUGCCUGAGAUUUCAUCUUAUAACGUCUUACUAGAGGCUUAUGCACACUCUGGCUCGAUUAAAGAGGCAAUGGGUGUGUUUAGGCAAAUGCAAGAAGCAGGUUGCAUGCCUAAUGCAGUGACUUAUACUAUUUUGUUGAAUUUGUUUGGGAAGCGUGGGAGAUAUGAUGAUGUUCGUGAACUUUUUCUUGAGAUGAAAGUAAACAAUACCCAGCCCGAUGCUGCUACUUAUAAUAUUCUCAUACAGGUUUUCGGGAAGGGUGGAUAUUUUAAGGAGGUAGUGACUUUAUUCCAUGAUAUGGUGGAGGAGAAUGUUGAGCCAAAUAUGGAGACCUAUGAGGGAUUGAUAUUUGCUUGCGGAAAAGGAGGACUUCAUGAGGAUGCAAAGAACAUUUUACUUCAUAUGAAUGACAAACAGUUAGUGCCAAGUUCAAAGGCUUACACGGGGGUCAUUGAAGCAUAUGGACAAGCUGCACUAUAUGAGGAAUCUCUUGUUGCCUUUAAUACAAUGAAUGAGAUGGGCAGUAAUCCCACCAUAGAAACUUUCAACUCUUUGAUUGAAGCAUUUGCUAGAGGGGGACUUUACAAAGAGUGUGAGAUGAUGUUAUGGAGAAUGGGUGAAAGUGGUAUUGCACAGGACAGGGAUUCAUUUAAUGGGGUUAUUGAAGGAUUUAGACAAGGGGGCCAGUUUGAAGAAGCUAUAAUGUAUGUUGAGAUGGAAAAGGCUAGAUGUGAUCCAGAUGAGCGUACCCUUGAGGCAGUGUUGAGUGUUUACUGCUUUGCAGGUCUUGUUGAUGAGAGCGAGCAACAGUUUCAGGAAAUUAAAGCAUUGGGCAUACUGCCUAGUGUGAUGUGCUACUGUAUGAUGCUGGCAGUUUAUGCAAAGGUUGACAGGUGGGAUAAUGCUAAUGAAUUGCUGGAUGAGAUGUUGACAAAUAGGGCAUCCAAUAUUCAUCAAGUAAUUGGUCAAAUGAUCAAAGGAGAUUAUGAUGAUGACUCUAACUGGCAGAUGGUGGAGUAUGUGUUUGACAAACUCAACUCUGAAGGCUGUGGUUUGCGAAUAAGGUUCUACAACACACUCCUAGAAGCACUUUGGUGGCUGGGGCAAAAGGAGCGGGCUGACAGAGUUCUCAAGGAAGCAACAAAGCGGGGACUUUUCCCUGAGUUAUUUCGUUCUAACAGACUUGUGUGGUCCGUGGACGUACACAGGAUGUGGCCUGGUGCUGCAUGUGUAGCAUUAUCUGUUUGGCUUAAUAACAUGCAUGAAAUGUUCGAAAAUGGGGAGGAUCUUCCUCAAUUGGCAACUGUUGUUGCAGUGCGGGGGCAAAUGGAGAAAAGCUCAAUAACACGAGACUUCCCUGUUGCAAAGACUACCUACUCCUUUUUGAAAGACAAUGUGUCAUCCUCCUUUUGCUUUCCUGGAUGGAACAAGGGCCGAAUCAUCUGUCAACGGGCGCAGCUUAAAAAGAUUUUGUCACCCACAAAACGUUCUUCAGAUGGGGCCAAAAAGGACAAGUUAAUAUCAUUAAGAAAUUCUCCCUUGCCCCUUCAAAGGACAAGAACACCCACAAGUGAGAUCAGGAGAGAACAGCAAGGAGUUGUGGAUUCUGAAAGAAAAACCAGAAUGGCAACUGAGCUUAUGGCAGGCAUGGUUUAAUAGAAGAACAAUACCUGCAGAUGGCACUUCAUGGUUGGCUGUUCUGGCUUGAAGAUCUUGGGAAUUUAAUACGGAGAAACUGGGGACUGAGGAUUGCAUUCAGAUGUAUUGUAAUGUCUCCUUUUGGUGAAGAAUGAAUUUAUUCUGUUGCCAGUUGGUUCCCAGCCUGCCAAUAUGUUGAAAAUAGACAAAUGGCCAGAUAUAAUGCCCGUUGACUGCACUUUCCUAUACUACCUUUCUUUGAAGCCCAUUUUCCUCCUGGCUUCAUUAACGGGGAAUGCAACAGAGGUCAGAAAUUUUAAAUUUUCUUUCCCCUGCCCAAAUGUUUGAAGUAAAUGUAUCAUCUAUAUUUGUUUUCCAGAUUUUGUAUCCCAUCUGUUGGGAAAUGGUAGUGAAUAGAUCUGCUUCAUAUUUCAUACAAGGAGUCAAACAUUUAAGCUCACUUUCUCUAUCCAGAAUAUAUAGAUAUCUAUGUAUAUACACUUCUUAUA